AUGUCUCCAGAUUAUGGUGGCAGCAGAGAGAAAGAGAAGCCUCCAAAGAAAGAGAAAAACAAGAAAGAAACAAAUUGUUCUUCACUAGAGGGGAAAAAAGGAAAAAAAGGAAAGGAAAAGGCAAUCAGUGUGAAAGACACCAUGACUGGCAAAAAGAAGCAGGCUGGUGGUGAUCAGGGCCAACAGCCUUGCAAGAAAGAAAGGCUGGAAGAAGAUUUUGAAUUUCAUGCUAGGCAAGCAAUCCUGAUCAAACCAGAUGAUCUGGAAUACACCAACAAAUUCUCUCCAGAGCCACAGAAUCAGACACUUUUGUCCAAGUAUAAGGCCCUGGCCCAAAAGCUGUAUGAACAUGAGACAGACCUGUUUAAGAAUAAGACAGACUAUCAGAAGGGGGUCUCUUUGGCGUGGAUUAAAACUGUUGUGUCCUCAGGUACCUUGGCUGACAGGAUGGCAGUGAUGACCCUUCUCAUCCAGGACAGUGCUGUCCACAGUCUCCAAUUUGUUGAGAACUUAAUAAGCCUCAUACAGAAAAAGGGCAGCAGGCAGCAGAGCCUUAUGGCUUUAGAUACUUUCAAGAAGCUUCUCAUUACAGAUAUCUUACCAGACAAUCGAAAAUUGUGGUCUUUCUCGCAGAGACCGCUGAACAACAUAGUGCAGAUGUCGAGUGGCAACAAGGAUUCAAGAGACAGGAGGCUGAUACUUUGGUACUUUGAGCAUCACCUGAAGCUGCAGAUAGCAGAGUUCGUGCAGGCCUUGGAAGCACUGAGCCACGAUUGUCUGACAGCCACCAAAUCCCGAGCACUGGCAGUUUCCCACAAGCUGCUCUGUAACAAGUCUGAGCAGGAGAAAGCUCUGCUGGUUCUGCUGGUGAAUAAACUGGGUGACCCUCAGAACAAGAUCGCCACCAAAGCCUCUUAUCUUUUAGAGACAUUACUUCACAAGCAUCCAAAUAUGAACGGAGUAGUAUGCAGCGAGGUGGAGAGGCUGUUGUACCGCUCAAACAUCAAUGUGAAAACUCAGUAUUAUGCUAUCUGUUUUCUAAAUCAGAUAGUCCUCAGCCAUGAAGAAAGUGCAUUGGCUAACAAACUGAUAACUUUAUACUUCUGCUUUUUCCGGAACUGUAUAAAGAAAAAAGAUGUUGAAUCCAAAAUGCUCAGUGCUCUUCUUUGCGGGGUAAACAGAGCUUACCCUUAUGCUGAGACUGGUGAUGAGAAAGUGAAAGAGCAAAUGAAUACUUUGUUCAAAGUUCUGUAUCUUGUGAACCUCAGUACCAGUGUCCAGGCCCUGAUGUUGCUGUUCCAAGUGAUGGACUCUCAGCAGACUGUGUUGGACAGGUACUACACAGCACUGUACAGGAAGCUUCUAGAUCCUGCUUUGGCAAUGUGCUCAAAGCCCUCCAUGUUUCUAAAUCUUGUCUAUAAGUCUCUGAAGGCAGAUGUGGUGCUGCGGCGUGUGAAGGCCUUUGUGAAGAGGCUACUUCAAGUCACUUGUGGACAAAUGCCACCCUUCAUUUGUGGAACCCUGUACCUUCUGUCUGAGCUUUUGAAAGUAAAACCAGAGUUAAGGGUCCAUUUACAGGAUCACAUGGGGUCAGAUGAUGAAGUGUGCUUUAAGGAUCAAGAAGAGUCUGAAGAGGAUGAGGAAAAAUUUGUGGAUGCUGACAAAGAAGCAGAAGAUGAAAAGAAAAGUACAAUGGAAAGUUCUGCUAAAGCAAACAAUUCAAAUUCAUCAGCCUUGUGGGUGCAUAAUUUGAAUAUGAGAGGCAGGAAGAGUGAAACUUCCUAUGAUCUUAUGCACCGAAGUCCUUUAUACUGUGGUGCUGAAAGUGCAAGUCUUUGGGAACUGAAGAAGGGAAAUCAUAUUCAGUACUCUGGCGACCCUUUGCAGGAUUUCACAUUAAUGAGUUUCUUGGAUUGUUUUGUCUACAGAAAUCCCAAAGUCAGCAAAGGCAAAGAAAACACCAGCAGUGCGGUAAUGCAGCCAAAGAAGAAGCAUUUUAUGAAGGAUAUGCAAAAUCUUGCAGUCAACAGUAAGGAAUUCCGGGCCAAAGAUGAAAGCAAAAUCCCAGUGGAUGAAGUGUUUUUUCACAGAUUUUAUUCAAAGUUCGAUAAGAAGAGAGAGAAACAAAAGCGUCUGGAUGAUGAAGAGAGUGUGGAAGAUGUGGAUGAUGAUGAAUUUGAAAGAGCAUUGGAUACUUUUGAAGCUGCUGAUAAUGCCGUUGUUGGCCAGGAUGACCUUGAUUUUGCUAGUAAUAUAAAGAAAAAUCCCAAGGGCGGCAAGAAAGGCCAAGGUGGUGAGGGAUCUGGUGCUGACUGGGAGGAUUCUGAUGAUGAAGAUGACUUCAGCAAUCUGGAUGAUGAGGAAGUCUCCUUUGGAAGUAUGGAGGAAGACUUUGAAGAGGAUAUGGAUGAAGAGGGAGGUGUAUUUAUGGAUGUGUCUGAAGAUGAUGAUGACCUAGGUAAAGACUCAAACAAUGACAAGCAACUGAAAUCCGUCAGUAAAAAGAGCAAGAAAAAGAAAGAGAAUUUUGCAGGACCACUAGAAGGAUCCAGCCGAGGAAGAAAAGUUCAAGAUGUUGGUAUACUGGCAUCUGCAGAAGAGUUUGGAUAUCUGCUGGAUGAAAAUGCUGGCUCCAAGUUUGACAAUAUUGGAAUGAAUGCCAUGGCCAACAGAGAUAAUGCGAUUGUCAAACAGAUCCAGUGGGAAAUAGAGCGCGACAAGUGGCUUCACAACAGGGAUGUGAAAAGCACCAUCAAAAAGAAGAAACAGUUUAGGCACAGAGGGCUGAAAAACAAGUACAAAAGCAAGAAAUCAAGAUGAUCAGUGGGACAUCUUGAUGGGGAAAUUUUAAAAAUAAUUAUUCUUAAAUAGUUUUUUAUUUAAUCACACAUCUUUCUGACUUCAGUUCUUGCUGCUUAACCAUGCCAUCUGGUCAUUCUCCCUUAUGCCAUGAAUUCCAGACCGCUCAUUGGAUUUGUAAUAAACUGAAAAAUAGGAAAAUCCAUGUCAGCUCUAAGUGAGACAUAUCUGACGAGCAGCCCCUUUGUGGCUUGUUUUAUUCAGUGUAUAACCCUCCAGCUCUGAGACCUCUAUCCAACAGUCUGACACUACAGCCAUGCCUUAACAAUAAAAACUUCUGCAGUGUCUCCUGGGCAAAGUUUUAAGC